CACUGGGAAAAUUUAGGCCUCAACACUUCUGUGCUGCUAUUCUGCUUUUCUUUUCUUCUUGCUGCUAAUUGGAUUAAAAGCCAUUUUGGUUACUAUGGCAUCCCGUGAGGAGAUUACUGUCUGUGAAGAUGAAGUAAGGUAAAAAAUCAGCACUGUGGUACGGGCAGAUUUGGAAAGAUAUCCCCAGUUCCAGUGGUCACUUAUGACUCUGUCUAAGCUUCAAAAAUGACCUAAAUGAAAGGAUGUCUUGCCAGAUCUCCUCUCCUGUGGGUGUUUGUGUGCGCAGUUGCAUUUCUGAAUGCUGUAGGCAACGUUUAUGAGAAAGAUUACAGCCAAAUCUGUUAAAACAGGUAAUAGCUAAACUGGACAUCCUGACCAUAUUUUUCAAGUUUAAAAGGCUAAAAGACUUUGUCAGAGACCAGUCAAAAUGCCUGUAUUUUAACACCUGGCAAGAAAUCGCAGAACUGUCCAGGAGCAUCUGACUUCUAAGUGUAAUUUUGUAACCAUCCUGUCACCUGAACUGGAAGCUUUAGAGGUUAGAUGGAUCUAUAUGUCUUCGUAUGGUGUUUGUCAAAGUGAGCCUGUUUAACUGUCUGCUUAUAUUUUGUGGUAUUUUGUCAUAUUUGAGUGUUUGAAAAACAGGAAAAUAUAAGCAGUUCUGUGAGCUUAUUCUUUCAAGUCUCCUUUUUCAUUUGUAAAAAGCGGCUUGCCCUGAAGCAGUGAAGCUUUGAGCUAUCGAAAUCUGUUAAUUUAACACUUUCAAUGACGAUUAAUUUACUUUGUUGGUGUUUCCAUAGGUCUCGGUACAGCCACUUAGAGAAGAUGACAGAUUUGGUGGCUGUUUGGGAAGUAGCUUUAAGUGAUGGUGUUCACAAGAUUGAAUUUGAACACGGGACCACUUCAGGAAAGCGUGUUGUCUAUGUUGAUGGAAAGGAAGAAAUAAGAAAAGAAUGGAUGUUUAAAUUAGUGGGUAAAGAAACAUUCACUGUUGGAGCAGCCAAAACAAAAGCUACUAUUAACAUCGAUGCAGUCAGUGGCUUUGCAUAUGAAUAUACUUUGGAGAUUGAUGGAAAGAGCCUCAAGAAGUACAUGGAGAACAGGUCAAAAACAACCAAUACUUGGGUACUAAGCCUGGGUGGCACGGACUAUAGAGUUGUUCUAGAAAAGGACACCAUGGAUGUGUGGUGCAACGGUCAAAAAAUGGAAACAGCGGGUGAAUUUGUAGAAGAUGGGACUGAAACUCACUUCAGUGUUGGUGACCACAGCUGUUGCAUUAAGGCUGUCAGUAGUGGAAGACGAAAGGAAGGAAUUAUUCAUACCCUUAUUGUGGAUGACAGAGAAAUCCCAGAGGCUGUGGAGUAGCCUCUAGUGAACUGAUUGCUGUAGGACCAAGAUCAGGAAUUUUCAAUUACUGUGGUAAUUAUUUUAAUAUGUACUACUUGGUACAUCUAGUUUGUGCUGGGUUUAUUUUCUAGUUUCUGUAUAUGAAAUUAUUCUUUCUGAGGACCAGAUGAAAAUAAUUCUAUACAACCUCUUACAUUACCAGUUUUUAAAAAACUAUAUAUACAUGUAGAAUAUAUAUUAUAUCACAAAGUGCAGAGAGCACAGGCGAACUUUAGCAAUUAUAUACUAGAAAAAAAAAUCUCGCUAUAAUAAAAUGCAAAAUGAAUGUUCAGUAAGACUGAAUCCUUAUAAACUGCGGGUAUAUGUGGAGGGAGGAGCAUGUGCUGUUAAAAUUUUCUCAGUAAUUAUUUUUUCUAUUAAACUGACUACCAAUGUUUUUCAGAUGCAAUUAAGAAGAGUUACAAAGUUAAUAAAAAGGUUAUUAAUGAAAUACAUUGUUACUAGUACUUGUGUAACAGUAUUAAAAUAAUACUGCACUAUGAAAACUGUUCUUUAUUCCAAGUAGGAGAAAAGAUGUUAUGCUGUGCCAAAAAAAAAGUAUUUGCGUUUUUUCAAAAAUGAAACCAGAAAAAAAAAUAAUUCCUGCUAUGAAACUCCUUCAAAAAAUGAAACCUCUUGAAGCAAGCUGAACUAAGAGCUUAUUCUUGUUCAACGCUGCCUAACGAACCUUAAAUAUACAGCUGUGUGUUUCCCUGUCAGUAACGUGUGAAUUAAGAAACAUGAGGAAAAACGGGACAGAAAAUAGAGGAGAAGAAUUGGUUGCUUAAAUGGAACAGUUAAAACAGAAAUGGACUAAUUCUGUUCUCAAACUUCCAGCAUGCUACCUAAAAGCAAAUUUGGGAUUUCUGUGGAAACAAG